ACAGAAGGCAUAGAGUCAACUGGCAAGACUGCGGCACCGAGUCGUCUGGCAAGACUGCGGGCACCGAGUCGUCUUGGCAAGACUGCGGGCACCGAGUCGACUGGCGGAACAGCGGGCACCGAGUCGACUGGCGGAAACGCAGCGGGCACCGAGUCGUCUGGCAAGACAGUGGGCUCCGAGUCAACAGGCACGACAGUGGGCACCGGGUCAUCAGGUAUCGGAUUGUCUGGCUCGACAGCGGGCAUCGGGUCACCAGGCAUCAGGUCAUUUGGCUUGCCAGCGGGCACCGCGUCAUCUGGCAAGGCAGUGGGCACCGGGUCACCAGGUAUGACAGCGGGCUCUGAGUCAAUUGGCACGACAGCGGGCACUGGAUCAGGUACCAGGAUCAUCUGGAUCAACAGCGGGCAUCGAGUCAACUGG